AUGUCCUGCUAUGACCUGUGCCUGCCCUCUUCCUGUGGUCCCCGGCCACUGGCCACCAGCUGCAACCAGCCCUGCAUCCGCCGCUGUGGGGACUCCACCGCCAUCAUCCAGCCCCCCACCGUCGUGGUUACCCUGCCCGGGCCCAUCCUCAGCUCCUACCCGCAAAACACGACGGUGGGGUCCACAGCGUCAGCGGCGGUCGGGAGCUACCUCCGGUGCUGCGGGAUCCCCAUGGCCUCCAGUGGUCCCCGCGGGCUGGGGAAGGCGGGACUGCUGUGCCUGGGCAGCGGGCUGUAG